UCUUCCCCAUCUGGUGUUAGUAUACAGAAAUAUCACACAAUGGACGACGCCGACCCUAUCAAUACCUUCUUCCCCGACGCCACUGAAUCCACACUCCCCACCAUCCUCUACACCACUCUCUCCCUCACCUCCUCUGCCUCGGCCGCUGACAUUCGUAAAUCUUACCGCCGACUUGCCCUCCAAUUCCAUCCAGACAAACAUUCCGCUAAACCCGAAUCUGAGCGGGAAAAGCUUUCCAAGCAGUUUCAGAGGGUUGGAUUUGCGUAUGCUGUGUUGAGUGAUGAAGGCAGGAGGAAGAGGUACGAUGAAACUGGCAGGACUGAUGAGAGGUUUGCGGGUGCAGAGGAGAUGGGAUGGGACGCGUAUUUCGAGGGCUUGUACAAGAGAGUGGACAGGAAGAUACUUGAUGAAGACAAGGAAAAGUAUCAAGGAUCUGACGAGGAGAAGGACGACAUCAUCUCAGCUUACAACUCCACUUCUGGCUCUCUUCCCGAUAUCCUUUCUUACAUCCCUCACUCUUCACACACAGAUGAAUCCCGAUUUAUCACGCUUAUCAACUCACUUAUCGCUGAUGGUGAACUCGAAUCGACCCCUAAAUGGAAAAAGACAUCCACCGACGAAAAAGCGCGUGCGAAACGUGCGAAAGCAGGGGAAAAGGCAGCAAAGGAAGCUGAAGAGGCUGCUAAAGAGUUGGGUGUCUGGGACGAGUUCUAUGGGUCAGGAAAGAAGGGAAAGAGACAGGGCGAUAAGAAUAAAGAGGAGGAAGGAGGGGAAGCAACGUUGCAAGCGUUAAUUUUGAAGAGACAAAGGGAGAGGGGAAAUGCCUUUGAUGCGAUGGAAGAGAAAUACAGAAAGCUUGAAGAGGAAUCAAGAGCAAAGAAGAAGGCCAAGAAGGGAAAGGGGAAGAAGGAAGAGACGGACGAGAUACCUGAGAUUAGCGAUGCCGAUUUCGAAGCUCUCCAAGCCAAGAUGUUCGGUACGAAAGACUCUGGAGACAGUAACAAGGCCCAAAAGAAAUCGAAAAAGUCCAAGACCUAGAUGUCUGCGCUCUCAUAUUUUUAUUUUUAUUUUGUUGUAAUGUAAUAUUAUAUGCAUCCUAUACAC